GUUAGUCUGGGUUUCAGUCCCACACGGGUAACACAGGACGAAUCUACACCAUGACUCGGUGUUGGGCCAACUACCACAAUAUCACAUCCUGCAACUCAAUCGUUUGCCACCGGGUCCCAGAUCUGUCGCUUGGGCAUGGUUGACCGGUUGGACUUGGCCAGUCAACUGGCGUCCGCUCUUCCCAAAGACUUGGGCUUGACGGUCUAUCACAUUUCCACUCUCUCUAACCCGUCGCUAGCCCUGUUUGCGCCACUGCCGCACCAGCAGGAGGAAGAAACCACGUGCCAGUCACAUUUUCUUGCUGUCUCGACACCGCGGUCGGAUGAGGCCAAAGAGGUCUUGGUGUUUGCCGUCGAGGUCCUGAUCUUCGCCUCGCCCUCGUUGACUACUUUAUUUGUCUCAAAAGCCGACUCUACAGGAUUCUCAUCCCGGCUAGGCGUGACCAAGGGCUCACCAUCCCCGAUCGCCACUGUUAUUUCUACUUUUCUCCAUUACCUGGUUAAACCACGGCUCAAUGGGACAAGGGUGGUGCUCUCAUUGUUUGCCCGGGCGCAAAAUCAGUAUCUAUUUCCUGGAAGCAGCGAGAAUGCUGGUAAGCAUAUACUGAAUGAUCGCCAACUCAUUAAAUGGUGGGGACGAGUUUUGGACAAGGUCCUGCGACGUCGCGCUGAGAUGCCCUCCUCUGGGCCCAACAGCACAGUACACCUGAUCGUGCCUGGAUGUGAAAAGACAGAAACAAGGUCAUUCUUCCCGCCUCUGGCUCGUCUCGACCCGCCCACAGACCCGCGAUGGAUUGAUUCCUACCCGGUAGAUCUUCUCGUUGCUGACACGAAGCAACCGAUCAGGUCAUUAAUACCCCGGUUUCCGGAUGAUCCCAAGGCUCGGUUUUUGGAGGAUCUAGAUGGCACAGGUAUGGACGAGCAGGGAAAUUGGCGCAGUGUCACAACGCUGCACCAAUUCUGGGAAAUGAUGUCGUACAGACAAGAGUGUUCCGCGGGCCGGCUGGUUGGAUUCUUUUGGAUGGUAUUCCCACCGAGCCAGAGGGAGGGCACGUCCCUGGCAGGAAUUGACGCUCGUAUGCCUUUGCCACAAACGAGAAAUCUUGACCGAGCCAAAGUACACGGCUUUAGCAAUGCUGUGAUCCAAAUUGACCCGGAACCAUAUACGAGCGUCUCGAACACCAGUGACCUCGCGAAAUCAUCAACCCCGACAGAACUAAGCCAAAACGGUCCAACUGAGCCGCAUGGGUUAGAAUACGAGGUUGUUGGAGACCGUCCUCGCAAAGAUGAAUCUACAGCAAAGGGCGAGUUGGUUCUGGAUGGUGGACAGUAUCAAACCUUGAUGGAUUAUUUGUUGCAGACCGACUUUGCAGGGUCGGAGCUUGCAGAAGAGCAUACCUGUGGAUGGAUCAGCAAGGCUCUCGAAAUCUCUGGGGCACCCAGAUUUGGGCAAACAAUUCAUGGAGAAAUGGCUCUGAAUGCUUCAUCUCACAUCUCGGCUCCAAACAAUCAUGUGACUCCCGCGGUGAAUAUGCUCACUGGCUUACGGAAGAAAAGAAAGGCCGAGCAGGUCUCUGAGAUAUCUGAGGGCGAAAAAGAGGUGUCACAGUCAAUGGCAAAGACACUAGCAACUGGACUGGUACGAAAGAAGCCGAAGAACUAAGCGUGGACUAGGUCGCAUAUCUCACUACGGUACCCGUCUACAUCAAGGCUAUGCACAUAAAAGUCCCCUUGGCGCAGGCUUGACAAAGAGAAUCUCACCCAGACAGAAGGGUGGCAUCAUUUUCCUCACACGGCCUGAUGACAGUCGGGGAGUUUAUCAUGAUUGGCUGUCGCUGGGGAGCAAUACUUCGUAUGGGGCUAGAUGGAGAUGAGAAGUUGCUGGAUAUUUAUGGCCAAAGCAAACUCAUAGGGCACGUGAUAAACUACUUGGCCAUUUGUCAGAUCAGACGCUCUGUGUUUCCAUUCUUGGUGUUGCAGUAAAGAUAGCUAUGAUAAAGACCAUGAGGUACCCG